AUGUCUUCAAAGUCCUGUUUUGAAAUAGCCUUUUUAUUAGGCCUUAUUUUUGUGUGCACUAAUGCUGAGGAUAGGGUCUUCAAUGUCCAUUCCUAUGGUGCUAAAGCAGAUGGAAUUACAGAUGAUAGUAAGGCAUUUUUGAAUGCUUGGACGGAUGCAUGCAAAUGGAAUGGAAAAGCCACAAUUGUGAUACCAUUAGGGGUAUAUAUGGUAUAUGAUGCAAUCUUUAGUGGACCAUGCAAUGCAUUGGCCUUGACCUUUGAAAUUAGAGGAGAUAUUAAAGCUCCAAGGGAUCCUAAGAUAUACUGCAAAGAGUCUUGGAUUAAAUUUCAGCAUAUAAAUUACGUAGAGAUUAAAGGACAUGGAACAUUGGAUGGACAAGGGGAUUGUGCUUGGGGAAAGCAUGAAUGCACACCACUUCCUUUUACACUUGGAUUAUAUUUUAUCAAUAAUUCGGUUGUGCAUGGAAUACAUUCACUCAAUAGCAAGGGUGUACACAUCAACGUCUUUGCGUGUGAUAACUUGAAAUUUAGGCGCGUUCACAUUAAGGCUCCAGGUAACAGCCCUAACACCGACGGUAUUCACAUAGGCCACUCCACGAACAUUCAAGUCUUGGAUUCUAACAUUUCCACCGGAGAUGACUGUAUAGCUAUGAUCGCAGGCAGCAAAAACAUCAACAUUUCAGGGGUAACUUGUGGCCCUGGACAUGGAAUAAGUGUCGGUAGCUUAGGGCAAUUACAAACACAUGAAGUUGUGAAUCAAAUACACGUUCAAAAUUGCACUUUCAUCGCUACUCAAAAUGGGGUGAGAAUUAAGACUUGGGCAUCAUCGAAUCCGGGUAGCGCUACAAAUAUAACUUUUGAGGAUAUUACCAUGAUAAAAGCUGGGAAUCCUAUAUUUAUUGAUCAACAUUAUUGUCCGUUGGGUCCUUGUAAUCAACAGGAAAGCUCAGUGCAAAUCAAAGAUUUGACAUACAAAAACAUAAGGGGAUCUUCAAGUUCACUAGCAGCAGUUACUUUCAAUUGUAGCGCUUCAUUUCCUUGUAAGGGAAUCAUCCUUAAUGAUAUCAAUUUGGAGUACCAUGGCCCUGGUGGACCUGCGAUAGAAUUGUGUGCUCAUGCCAUUGGAAAAGCCACUGGCAAGGAAUUGCCUCCAAGUUGUUUAAUGUCGUCUUUUCAUUCAUGA